GCGCAUGCGCACAGCUCCAUAUGGCUCCAAGAUGGCUGACACAGCGUCCGGGGGCUCCGGCACGCGGGCGGGCAGCAAGCAGGCGGGCACCCCUGCUGACAAUUACCACCUUGCCCGGCGCCGGACGCUGCAGGUUGUGGUCAGCUCCCUGCUCACCGAGGCCGGCUUCGAGAGCGCCGAGAAAGCCGCGGUGGAGACGCUCACCGAGAUGAUCCAGAGCUAUAUUUCMGAAAUUGGGAGGAGUGCCAAAUCCUACUGCGAGCACACAGCCAGGACCCAGCCCACGCUCUCGGACAUCGUGGUGACCCUCGUGGAAAUGGGGUUCAAUGUGGAGACUCUUCCYGCCUAUGCCAAGCGUUCCCAGAGGAUGGUGAUCACUGCCCCUCCAGUGACAAACCAGCCCGUGACUCCCAAAGCGCUGACAGCCGGGCAGAACAAGCCUCACCCACCCCACAUUCCCGGCCAUUUCCCGGAGUUCCCUGAUCCUCACACUUACAUCAAGACACCCACCUACCGGGAGCCGGUGUCCGAUUACCAGGUGCUGCGGGAAAAGGCGGCUUCCCAACGGAGAGAUGUGGAGAGAGCCCUGACCCGCUUCAUGGCCAAGACAGGAGAGACCCAGAGCCUCUUCAAGGAUGAUGUCAGCACAUUCCCAUGGUUUGGGAAUUGUCGUACCUACCGGGAGCCGGUGUCCGAUUACCAGGUGCUGCGGGAAAAGGCGGCUUCCCAACGGAGAGAUGUGGAGAGAGCCCUGACCCGCUUCAUGGCCAAGACAGGAGAGACCCAGAGCCUCUUCAAGGAUGAUGUCAGCACAUUCCCAUACAGGGMCACCUUCCCCAAUCCCAGGCUGCUCCAGCCUGGCCUCAGCGCUGCGGCAGCCACACCUUCUGCAAGCAGAGGGAUUUCUAAGCCUCACUUGGGGUUUUUUUGUUCUUAUUUGUGGMCGUGGCAGGAGGAUUCGGGAGCUGAGAAGGAGAACACGUCGGUGCUGCAGCAGAGCAGCUCCCUGGCGGGCAGCAGGAACGGCGAGGAGAACGUCAUCGACAACCCCUACCUGCGACCCGUGAAAAAACCCAAAAUCCGCCGCAAGAAAUGAGCRGGGCACCCCAAAUCCCUUGGGCUGCUCCACGAGAAAUGCAGAGGGAUCAGUCAGGAGAGGCCAAACCAGCUGAGGAAGGAUCUCUGUGCUGAUGGGAACUCAGCUCCCAUCCCGCUUUCCUGAGCUCCCUCUUCCCUCUGCUCGCUGGGAUGGGCCAGGAAAAUCUUCUGGGAGCAGCUUGGGGGAUUUUGGGGAUGGGAAUUUGCUGUCAGGAGAGCUGAGGGAUGCAGGGCUUGGAGCUGGAGGACAUGGGGUAGAAUUGGAGGACACAGGGGUGGGAUUUGGAGGACAGGGGGGUUGGAUUUGGAGGACACAGGGGUUGGAGCUGAAGGACACACAGGAUGGAUUUGGAGGACACAGGAAUUUUUUCUGUUCCCACUGUGGGACACAGGGCUUGGAUUUGGAAGACACAGGGAUUGGAUUUGGAGAACACAGGGGUUGGAUUUGGAGGACACAGGAGUUGGAAUUGGAAGACACAGGGAUUUUCCUGCUCCCACUGUGGGACACGGGUUGGAAUUGAAGGACAUAGGGAUUGGAUUUGGAAGAUACCAGGAUUUUCCUGGUUCUGCUGUGGGACACAGGACAUGGAGCUGAAGGACACUGGGGUUGGAUUUGGAGGACACAAGGAUUUUCCUGCUCCCGCUGUGGGACACAGGGGUUUGAAUUGGAAGACACAGGGAUUGGAGCUGAAGUACACAGGGGUUGGAUUUGGAGGAUGAAGGGAUUGGAUUUGGAGGACACAGGGAUUUUCUUUGUCCUGCUGUGGGACACAGGACUUGGACCUGAAGGACACAGGGGUUGGAUUUAGAGGACACCUGGGUUAGAUUUGGAGGACACAAGGAUUUUCCUGCUCCUGCUGUGGGACACAGGUGUUGGAAUUGAAGGACAGAGGGGUUGGAUUUGGAGGGUGCAAAGGAUUGGAUUUGGAGGACACAGGGGUUGGAUUUGGAGGACACAGGGGUUGGAUUUGGAGGACACAGGGAUUGGAGCUGAAGGACACAGAAGGUGGAUUUGGAGGACACAGGGAUUUUCCUGCUCCCGCUUCCCAUCAGAACACAAAAGCAUCUCAGUGUGUUCAUGCCCAGCAGGCUGGAAAAGAACCUUCCACCAGCCCUGAAAUCUAAAAAAUGUAUCUUAAAAAAGACACAAAACUCCUGGGAAGGUUCCUCCCUUUGCCUUCUUGGCAGGUAAAAGCAAACAAAGCUUUUCUUUCAUAACCUGGAGGUGUCUGAGGGAGUGAAGUGUAAAUACYGAGCUCUGAGGACGUUUCAUUCCCACUUUGCAGCUGCGUUGGGGAUUGAAAACCUCUCAAGUGUGCUGCUGGUGUUUACCCUGCCCUGCUCUGAGAUCCUUUUCAUGUCCCAGCUGCUUCAGGCUCCGUUUCAGUUCAUUGUUUUCCACACAGCUCAAGUCCUUGGAGAGUUCCCACCUUCCCCAUUUGUUUUGGAAGCUGGAAAAUGAAGCAGAGCUGUGCUGAUGGCAGCACUGAUCACACUUCUUGCAUUUUAGCUGCUCUCAAAUGGGUGGUUUUAUCAGCAAAAGGUGAUAUUUUUUCCUUUAUUUUACCCCAUUAUUUUUAUGGGAGUGUUGUCAUUAUUGGCAGGUUCUGGAGGGCUUUGCUUUCAUUUUUCCUCAGCGUUUUCUUAGGAAAAUAUGGGUUAAAUUGCCUUGAGAAAAGAUUCCUGUGGUUUGGGCUCCCAAGUUCUCCACCAYGCAGUUAAAAGGAUCCUCCCUCUUCCCUCAUCACCCAGGGASGAGGAAAAUAAAAAUAAAUUCUUUUUUUUCAAUGAAAACGGAGAUGUUGCUACCAAAAAAAUCUGAAAUUAAAACCCCCCUGUGUGUGCCAUUGUCACUUCUGCUGGUGCCUUGCUUUGUAUAGAAUGACAAAUGUACAGACACACCCUGUAUAUGUUUGUAUAUAUCUGAAAGGUUUAUCUUUUUUUACUUCUUUUUGUUGUCUGCAAGGAGAAUAAAAUCCCUCGCUGGGUAGGGGAAACAAAAAAGUGGAAUGAAAACUGUAAUUUUUAUGUUCAUAAUAAAAGAAAUUUUAUCUCCUA